AUGGUUCGUUCAGAUGCAUUUAAAAAGGUGCAACAAAUUUGUAAACAAUAUGGGCCAAUAAUCAGCUUCAGAGUGUGUGGAAAGCUUGUAAUCGUAAUAAGUGAUGAGGCGAUAAUCAGAGAAGCUGCCUUCAAAACUCGUAUGUUGAUUGGACGUUACCCAGCACUGACUAAUCAUAUUCUCGCAAAGCGAUACGGAAUAUCAAACUAUGAUGGGGAAAAUGCUCUUAAUUUGAGGAGAAUUUUGGUGCGCGGGCUUCACCGCUUCCUGCCUAAUGCUAUUAGCGGAAUUAGUCAACCACUUUGCCCAAACGCACUCGUAGACGAUAAACUGACGGUGGAGUGUGAUAACUUAAUUCGUUUCUUGAAACAAUUACAUGGGAAGCCUGUUAAAGUCAAUCCAGUUUUCAGGCGUAUGGUAUUCCACGUUGUGUGGAAGCUUGCAUUUGGAACAGACUGUCCUUUGGAUGACGAUGCAAUUAUAGAACUUCUAGAAUGUGUAGCCGCAAAUAAUUCUCAAAAUGGGCCCUUCCAAUUCAAACAGUUGCUUCCGAACGCUUUGUACGUGUUUAAUUAUGAUUAUAUACUUUCAUAA